AUGGAUAAUAAAUCACGAUCCAGUUCUAAUAUUUCUUUAGACAGUCUGGAAUUUGACGUCAAAAGGGAAUUAUUAAAACAAAAAUCGAUUGAAGAUAAUGUGGAUACCAUACUGGUACCACUUUAUGAAAGGGACGUACUUAUUAAAGUUCCUAAAAGAAAAAAGAAACAAAAUCAAGGCGAUGAUAAAUGUAUGAAACAAAAUUGCAAAUCUCAAAAAGAAGUUAAUGAAGUUGCAAAUUAUUUGGUUAACAAAGACUCACGUAGAACGCGGAGAACUUCUUAUUUAGACAUUUUUCGAAAGCAAUUUACAUCGAAUUGUACUGAAACACAGAAUAAAAUAAAUAAUAAUGAAAUCCGGUCAUUAUCUCCAGAGUUUGGUGAUACUGAAAGAGAGAGUAUAGGAAACGAAUCUUACAAUCAUUCCAAUGAUUUUUAUAACACUGAAUCUUAUAACGAAAUAUAUUAUGACAAAUUAAUGAAACAGGAGCUUCAACAAUAUCUGGAACAAUCUUUUGAUGAAGUGUUAAACCUUGAAGAAGAUGUAUCGAAAUUUCCCGAUAGUGUAAAUGAUAACAACUUAAGAAGUGUAUCAGAAGUGUCUGCGCCACGUCGGCGACUAAAAACUAAGAUAAUUUCUCCCAUCCAAAAUGUACAUUUAGGCGGCUUAGGAGCGGAUAUGGAAACGAUAAAACCUAGAUUAGAAAGAGCUAGAAGCCUUCAAAGAUAUUCUGAAAAAGUUAGGAUGGAAAAUCGUUUAAGAAUUUACAAAAAGGAAGUUCGAGAUGAAAAACCUGAAAGGGAAGCUUCUACUACAAGACGUCUUCCAACAACAAAAAAUACAAAAUCAGCAAAAGAUCCCUAUAUGAAAGAAACUGCUGGAGAUCGCAGCUCAAAGCUAAAACCUAAUUCUAAGGUAAAAAAGUCAACCACAGACUCAAAACAUAAUGAAGAAGCUUCUCCGUUACAAAUAAAUUUUAUGGUAAAUGUUAGUGGUGUGAGGCCUUCUACUGCUUUAAGGUCGUUAGAAGAAAAACAUCGGAUGUAUCAAGAAAAAGUGAAGCAAUACACUACAAGUGUAAAUAAUAUUUAA